GGCAGCGUCGCAAAGGGCGGGCCGCACGCGUCGCCCAAUCGGGAGGCAGAGGGCGGGGCGGCGCUCGCGGAGGCCGACGGGAGGCGGUUGCAUUCGAACUCGGAGGUUCGGGGAAAUACUGCCCACCUUACAGCUACCACAAGAAUGGAUGCUCUGUCUGUAGCAAACCAGUUGAGGCAUCUGUCUUCAGACCCAGGGAAUAGAGAAACAAUUGUGAAAGAUGAAGGAUGUCUUUCUGGCCUCAUCCUGUUUCUGGACCAUCCUAACACAGAAGUUGUAUAUUUAGCUCUUCAGGCACUUCAGUAUCUUUCAGAAUGUCCUUCCAACUGUGAAAUUGUGACAAAAGAACCAGAUAUAAUGUGGAAGCUGGAGAAAUUGCAGAAAAGACAUGACACCAAUGGCAGUCUUCAGCUUCUAGCAAGAGAAGUACAGAAUGCACUGAAUACAUGUUUUUAUAUCAGCAACACACAACGUACUCCACAAGUAUUUGAUAACAAGUUCAAAGCAGUUUUUCCUGAACAGCUCCAACAAGACAGCAAAGACCAUUACUCUUCACAUUGAAGGACUAGAUAAUGUGGUAGGACCCUAUAUGUUAUUCAGCAUCUUCUGAUCCAAGCUGUAAAUACUUAAGGUUAUCAUAUCACUACUUUUGUUUAGUUGAAUUGUUCCUCAUGUGGCUUCUC